GCGCAAAUUUAUUUAAACUUCUUGGUUCAGAAGAAAAAGAAUUAUUUUCAUAUAUUGAAUCGUAUACGGCAAAAAUGAUACAUAUUGAAACAACUUUAAAACCAUUUCUUUUGGAUUACAUACCAGCUGUUGGUGAUGUUGAUGCUUUUAUCAAAAUACCACGACCUGAUGAGGUGGAAGAUGAUUUGGGCUUGAUAUCAUUGGAUGAGCCAGCAAUGGAACAAAGUGAUCCGAUCAUUUUAAAUUUGAAAAUACGAAAUGAAUUAAAAGAUUACACGAAUACAUUGGUAAAAGAUAUACCGGUGAAAAAAUUAGAGAGAGCUGAUGAAAAUAUUGAAGAAAUUGAACAUUGGAUAAGUAGUAUUAAGGAAAUACAUCGAACUAAACCACCCGAUGUUGUGAUAUAUGGAAAACCAAUGCCAAAUAUCGAGCAUUUAAUGCAAGAAUGGCCAAUUGAAGUGGAAAAUUUGUUAAAAAAUGAACAGUUACCAACCGCAGCAUUGGAUAUAUCAUUGGAAGAAUAUGUUGAUAUUUGUUUGGCAUUAUUAGAUAUACCCGUUCAAAAAUCUCGAAUUCAAUCACUUCACGUGCUUUUCACAUUGUUUGCCGAAUUCCGUAAUUCACAGCAUUUCCGAAAUUUGGCUAAAAAUAAUUUCAUGAAUAAUAAAAAUGAGCAAAAUAAUGUGAAUGAACCGGAACGACUUGAAUUAUAA